CUGGGGCUCUCUCCAUCCAACGGCUGCGCGUGUGUUGUUGUCUACUACUCGUGCUGUUGCGGGAUAGAAGACGAAGGAGAAAAAAAAAAAAAAAAAAAAAAAAGAAAAAGGCAAAGCAGACGUCCAUCUGAUUCACGACGACGUCCAUUUUCUGUUUGUUUUUGGCGCGCGCGCGCGCUCUGCCCUACUCGCCGGUAAGUACGAUGGAAAUGUCUCACCAUCAAUUUUGUCUGAAAUGGAACAACCACUCUACCAACCUGCUCAAAGUCUUUGGAAGACUCUUCUCCAAUGAGAGUUUCACCGACGUCACUCUGGCGGCAGAGGGGAGAAGCAUCCGCGCUCACAAGAUGGUGCUGUCGGCAUGCAGUACCUACUUUGAACAACUCUUCUUGGAGCACGCCGAGCCACCCGUCACGGGACCGAUGAUCGUCAUCAUGCGCGAAACCAGUUUCGACGACCUAGCCAUCAUCGUCGAGUUCAUGUACAAGGGAGAAAUCAACGUCUCUCAGGAUCAGUUGGGGUCGUUAUUACGGACGGCCGAAAGUCUGCGUGUGAAAGGCUUGGCACAGGCGUCGUCGGGAGGACACGGCGAUUCGAUGGAGCAGCCUUCGUUCACGGCUGCAGCGCCACCGCCUCAAGCGGCACAACAACAACAACAGCAGCAGCCGGUGUCACUGACGACGGGAGCUGUAGCGGCGCCGUGUCGCAAAACGCCCACGCCGACAACGACGCCACCGCACAGCCAAUCGAGCACAUUUUCACCUCCUCCGCACACGAUGGGUCAAGCGCCUCCGCCGCCGGCCCUCCUGCCCCUCUUUCAGAACGCCGCCCUUUUGUCAGCUGCCAUCACAACGGUAGUGGAAUCUUCGUCGUCAUCGACGGGACGCGAAUCGCCAUCGAGCAAACGCAGACGAAUUCGACCCAAAAUCGAGCCGGGCACGGCCAGCCAUCAAGACCACUCCAAUUAUUCAGACAAUAGUCGGCCGUCUUCAGCCACGUUCACGCCUCGCAUAGAAAAUGUCGUUACUAUGGGCCCACCACCACGUAACGAGGCCGAGACGCCGACACGAAGCGACACGAUGGAGAGCGCACCGACGUCCGCGUUAGACCUGCGUCUAACGGAUCCAUCCCACCUUCAAGAGUUGACCGCCCGGCUGGAAUUGCGCGGUAAUUUCGCUAUCCAACCGCCAGAUGGCGAUAGCGAAACUCUACGCAAAGUCCAGCAAGAGAAAAGCGAACCUCAUUGUUUCUUCCGUGGAUUUGCCGUCUAUAAAUUCAAUGACUACAUCGCCCAUGGAACCCGGCAACAGUACUGGGAAGAACCUUUCACUAAAGCUGUCAUGGAAGGAAUUCAGGAUCGCGAGUUGGACUUGAAGAAAGGAGCGGAAUUAUUGGGAGUUUCGUACAGCACUCUCUAUGGACGAUACCGUGAAUGUCAUGGUUAUUUGCGUCACGCCUGGACACGGGAUUACCGUCGCUCUUCCGGUUCGGGAGUUGGCGGCAACGGAGGUGAAUGGUGGGAAGCGGAUCCGCAAGAAGCGCACAGACGUGGAGAGAACGGCGGGAUGACGGCCGAAGAACUUGUCGUCGAAGUAGACAGUUACAUGGAUGAGGACGUAAUCGUCGAACGCGAUUCGAAUGACAAAUCAACGGCCGAUAUCGAAGCUGCCAGCAAACAAGAAUCUCUCAUUCUCAGCAUUCGUCACGGUAAAGUCCAGAGGAAACUUCAAGGAGCCCAUCACAAAGAAUCCUCUUAAAAACAAAAUGGAGGGAAAUUCAAAUUUUUUUGAUUUCAUUGUUAAUUUUUUUUUAAACGUCCGGUGAGAAUUGCAAGUCAUUUUCUUUUUGUACAUCUUGUUGGUUUUUUUUUUUUAAUGUUCUAUGACGUAACUCCAUGUAUACCCAGAAACAAGCAAAAAAAAAAGAAAAAAAGAAAAAUGGAGUUGAUUGUAUACAAUUCAGUCGAUCUCAUGGCCAAUACUGGGCAUCUGCUUCUCUUUUUUUUUUUGUGUGUGAACAUUUUUCUAUAUCACAUAAUCCUAUUUAUCAGAUGUGUUUGUUGAAUGUUUCCCACCCAUCAAACAUUUUUUUUUUUUUGUUUCGUUCACUUCUUUUUGUUUUCUGAAAAAUGUUCGUAGUCGUUUUCAAACACUCGCGCAACAGUGUCAAUUUGUUUUUGUGUUUUGCAACAUUUUUUAACGACAUUUCUCUUUUCGUGCGUGUGGUGUGUG